AACGAAUAUGCAAUGGCGGACUUUCGAACAAUGAUUGUAUUGUUUCAUGAACUCCAUGUACUCUAAGCCAUGGCAGGUCAGCUAAGUCCUGAGUUUGAUACAGAGGUGACCCUCGUGGCAGAGGAUGGGCGUAAGAGUACUAUUGAUGAAAGGACCCUGUAUUGUACACCUCCACCUCUGGCGGCCUCCACUGUGGCCAGGAAUGAAAGACCAGUCAAAACUACUCUGCCGAAUAACAUGCAAGGAUCCUUCUUAGAGGUCUCCGAACCCAACGUGUCUCCAAUGUUCCAAUUAUCCUCCCAGGGUAAUGUAGAUCUCAUUAAGUUCUCAGCCAGUAGCCUUGAAAAGGGCGAUUCUACCACACAGAACCAGCCUGGAGGUGCCAAAAACAGUGUCUUGGGCACUGAUAGUGUUCAGGCAAGAGGGAAUGAGAUAAGCCAAAGAGGUCUUCAGAAGUGGGACCAAAGAAACAGUUUGGGUGACGAUGGGAGAACAACAGGCUUGCAGAACCAUGGUCCCCGUGAUAAUAAUCAGAGCCAACCAAAAGACGACCAUGAAAAGUGGGAGUAUAGUUUACAGAAUGGCCACCAGGAGGCCAAAAGGAGCAGCCAGGAACCAAUUGAGCAAGAAAGGGCCCAGUCAAAUUCUGAAGUAUUGGAAGAUGGUGAUACUGGUAGCAGAAAAGUAGAUCUUUCCCAAGUCCAAAAUGUUGCAGACUUGUUGGGGAACCUGAACACUUCAGUGAGGUCUUCUCUAGGAAUUCUGUCUCUGGAUGCAAUACCAGACUUUUCCUCUGGUAUAAUUCAUAUGGAUGAGGAGUUUCCAGAGAUGCUUCAAUAUCAGAAUGAUGAUAAUAGAGAGUCUUGGGGUAAAGUAGAUGCCAUGUUCCUGCGUGCCAGUCCGCGGCUCCCUGAGGGAGGUGACGGGGAGGAGGAUGGACCAGAAAGCAGAGCCAGAUUAAGCCAGAUGUCGGACAUCUUUACUGGGCAGGCUACUUCCCAAGGCAUCCCUGCAGAUACCAGGCACAGAGGGAGUGGUAUUGACACUCAGAGCAGUGGCAGUGAGAUGGACACGGAGGAUGAACUGCAGGCUGUGAGAGAGAGUGCUAAGAGGCAUUUGUAUCAGAGAAAGCACCCCCAUGGUGACGGUCAAGACAGUGGGAAUGGGAGGUCUUCUAGGCCAGGGUUGGAAGGUGGUAGCACAGAUGAUGAAGUUGACACGGCAACCAGGAUGGACACAAGGCAGGCGGCCGAGGGAGAUGUGGUCACAUCCCCUGUCCCUGGGGAUGGGGGCGGUGGAGGGGAUGGCAGUAGCGGAAGUGAAAUGGACACCCCACUAUCUGGAUCCAGCCACUCAGCUGCCGCCAUGUCAGGUCAGGGUCAGACCACAUCGGACUUCCUUCGAGGUCUUGGACUCUUCAACCAGCAGCGUAGGUCAAGGUCAUUUGAGGAGGAUGACCCCGCAGCCCAGGCGAGGAUCAGACCAAUGGGCGAUGAUCUUUUGUCGGAAAUCUCCCACCACCAACAGACUGUGAGGUUUCAGAGCCAGGAUCAGGUGUGGAUGAUGUCUGAUGCCUCCCAUAACCAACACUCUCAGGAUGAAGACAUGAGUGAGGAGUCCAGGUUAGCCUCCCAGUUUCUCCAGCCAGAGGGUGGGGGAGACGGGCGCUCCUCAGCCACCAGUAUGCUCAGCCAGGGAACCACACUGCCCUUAGAACAGAGCUCCUUCCACCCUGCAGACCUUCUGCCAGGUCUGAGGUCUGCUGCUAGUACCCUGACACACAGCCAGGGGGCAGCACUGGAGCAGAGUUCGUUCCAUCCUGCUGACUAUCUGCCAGGACUGAGGUCUGGCGUUAGUACCUUGACGCACAACGAGGGAGAGGCGGGGCUUGAUCAGAGUUCUUUUCAUACUGGGGACGUGAUUGGUGGGAUGAGUGAUGACAGUGACAGACAACAGAGAGGUUCCUCUAGACAGAGUGACCUGAGUCGACCCUCUCCUACCCAGCACCAUUUCUUCAAUGAGGAGGGAGAAGGGCAACCACCUGUUGGUCCACAUGAAUAUAAACAGAAAGGGGAAAUCCAAACGGGAGGUGCUAAAGGUGUGUCUAAAAAGUAA